AUUUAAACGACAUUGACGGUUUCGUAGAUCGAGUGGGUCGUGGCAGAAGGAGAGAAAUGGCUGAAAGGGUGAAAAAUCGAAAGCGAAAGAGAGAUGAAGUUCAACAAGCAGAACAAACAGAACGUGCAGAACAAGAGAAUUGUAGAGUAUUAUUACUAAAUCAUCGAGUGAUAAUCAAUGUAUAAACAAUUAACAAGUUGACAAUAACAUUGAGAUAACUUGUGAGUAAUAUUCCGAGACAAUGGGUUGCAUUUUCUCACGUAAGCAGGAACCAACUGUCAAAAAAUCUCACAUACAAAGGAAUGCAUUACGUCAUUCAGAAUUAAAUCAGUCUCGACAAGUUUCAAAUCUAUUUUCCCAAACAACAAAUAAUGAAUCAACUGUCAAAACAUCUCAGAUACAAAGGAAUGCAUUACGUCAUUCAGAACUAAAUCAGUCUCGUCAAAUUUCAUAUCAAUUUCCCCAAACAAAUAAUGUAAUAUUUCCUUCUUAUAAUGAACCUCGAAUUUCCUACCCAAAUGUUUCAAAUCAACAACAAAUUGAAAUAUUUAUUUCACCACGAGAAACAAGCGAAGUUUCCAAAUAUUAUCAAAGUUUAAAAAAUCAGGAUGCAUUCAAAGAUAUUGAAAAAUUGAAAUCUUACAGUCAAGGUAAUUUGAAGCAAAGUACUUUACAAGAAGCACCUUGGAUUAUUGAUGACGCACAUAGCAGCGCAGACGAUUCGCAAGAAAUCGAAGAAAUUGACGUAAAUUUAAAUAUCCACGGUUUACCUUGUGUAGAAUGGACGGAUGUAGAGUACAUAAGCGAAGUAGGCAACAUACGAUAUCCAAUUGCCAACAAUAUAGUAAAACUUUUCAAGGAGGACAACACAAUUCCGUUCAUAGCACGAUAUCGAAAAAACAUGACCUGCGGAAUGGAGGCCGAACAACUUAGAGCAAUCAGAGAGCUCUACGAUCGAGCAAAAACAAUCAGACAAAAAGCUGCGACAAUUAUCAAAGCUAUCGACAAACAGGGCAAAUGGACGCCCGACAUUCAUGCAGUAAUCAAAUCGACAAAAUCUCUAAACGACCUCGAGCACAUCGCCUCAAUGUUUAAAACCCCCUCGAAACGCUCACUAGCCGAGAAAGCACGAGAAGCCGGUUUGGAACCCAUAACAACUGCCGUACUUCAAGCCGAACAUCUUCCAAACUUACAAUCUCUAAUCAAUCCAUCCAAAGAGGGACUAAAAUCAAUAGACGAAGUUAAAGAAGGAAUUAUCCACAUAAUGUCAGACGUAAUCAGCAAAGAUAAAACGCUAUUCGAAAAAAUUCGAGAACUACGAAACGAAACGUUCAUUCUAAUCGAAGUUACCAAAGGAAAGGCAGCUAAGGACGCGGCAAAAAAUGCCAAAGAAGCUCCGGAAGAGAAGAAACCGAAGGGCGGAAAGAAAAAUUUCGACGAAAAUAAAUACGAAAUCUACUACGAAUUCAAAUCGAACGAACGAAAUAUUAAACCUUAUCAAAUUCUGGCCAUAAAUCGAGGAGAGUCGGAAAAGUUCCUCUCGGUAAAAAUUAUCAUUCCCGAUUCAUUCGAGAGAAAUUUGAAGAAUCACGUACUGUCUCUCUAUCGAAAAGCAGUGAACUGUACGAAAACACACGGCUCUUUGAUUCAAGACGGAUACGAUUAUUCCUACAAAAAGAGCAUCAAACCAGCAAUAGCGCGACGAUUCAGAAACGAAAUGAACGAGAAAGCCGAACUCGCGUCAAUUGAGGUGUUCGCGACAAAUCUCAAGCAAUUGAUUCUCACUCCCCCUUUUAAGGGACAACCGGUGCUGGGCGUAGAUCCAGGAUUUUAUCACGGAUGCAAACUUGCUGUCGUUUCGGAAAAUGGGGAUGUUCUCAAGACGUGUACAAUAUAUCCGCACAGUGGUCGAGGGAAUGAGGCGGGAAGAACUCUCAUUCAUUUGGUGCAGAAAUUCAGUUGCACGUCGGUGGCUUUGGGAAAUGGGACUGCUUGUCGAGAGACAGAGAAAUUUUUGUCUGAUUUAAUAAAGUCGAAGGCCUUUGGAAACCUCGAAGUUUCGUUCACGAUUAUCAAUGAAGCAGGAGCGAGUAUUUACAGUUGUGGCGAGGAGGCGAAAAAGGAAUUUUCUGGUAUGGAUCCGAAUUUGAUUUCGGCAGUUUCGAUUGCGAGGAGAUUGCAGGAUCCACUCGCCGAAUUGGUCAAGGUUGAGCCGAAACACUUGGGAGUCGGAAUGUAUCAGCAUGAUGUUCCGGAAAAACAACUGGAUAUCACUCUUAAUUCCGUUGUGACUGAAGCCGUGAGUUUCGUCGGAGUCGACGUAAACACAGCAUCUCACUGCCUACUCAGAAAAAUAGCCGGUCUCAAUUCAUCCAAAGCGACGAACAUAAUCGACUGGCGACGAAAGAACGGAAGUUUCACCAAUAGAGCCCAACUCCUCGACGUCAAGGGAAUCGGCAACAAAACCUACGAGCAGUGCGCCGGUUUCAUCAGAAUUAUACCAGAAACCGCCUUAAUUUCCGGAACCAAAUCUAAAUUGAAAAAACCCAUAAACUAUUUAGAUCAAACUUGGAUUCAUCCCGAAUCGUACGAGACAGCAAACAAAAUUCUCACAUUCUGUCAGUCCGACAUUAAGGACUUUGGCGAUCAGCAGUUCAUCAAUCAGGUGAAAUCGAGAACAAAUUUGGGUUACGCGAGUCUCGCCAAAAAGUUCGCGACAGACGAGGAGACGAUUGAAAUAAUCGUCAAGGGCUUGACGAUGUCCAAGGGCUAUGAUAUCAGAUCGAAAUUAAAUAAACAAGUCUUCAGAAGCAGUUUGACGACAAUCGACAGUCUCAAAAUGGGCACAAGUCUAAAGGGAGUGGUGCGAAAUGUCACGCAUUUCGGAGCGUUUGUGGACGUUGGCGUUUGUCGAGAUGGUUUAAUUCCUGCCAAGUAUAUGAAGGGAAUAACUCUUGGUCUAGGGCAAUCGGUGGAAGUCAAAGUUAUUAAUGUCGAAAAGGAGAGGAACCGAUUUGCCAUUGAGUUGAUUAAAGUUCUUUAAAGCAGACUGAUAUUUUUUUUAUAAAGACAUUUUUUUACUCACUUUUUUGUGAGUUUCGUUAAGUUAAUUUUUUUUACUCACUUUUUCUGAGUAAAUUUCGUUAAGUUAAUUCUUAACUUGCGAAGUUAAUUAAGUUCUUUUUGUUCCUUACGUUUCAUUACAUGUUCAUAUUAAAGAAUAUUUUCUUUUAUUGUUAUUUUAAAAAAUAACGCCUUUUAUAAAGACUGAAAAGUUCUUUUUUUAACUUUUUCAUUGAAUUUCGAUCAUCGCGAUAGUCUAAAUAUCCGAAUUAAUAUAUGGUUGUUGAAUAUUGUGAUACACAUAUUUUUCUUUUUAAAAAAUACAAACGUACCAAAUAUUUUUGUAUCGAGCGAAAAUAAAAUCGUACAAAAAUUAAA